AUGGCUUCGAAUGAGAAGGGCCCCGUUAUGUCGAAGACAGCUACUCAGGAUGAGCUGUUCGCUACAUCCAGCACCGAUAAAGGGGAAUUUUUUCCUACCGAGCAAGAACUAGAUGAACACUCAAAGGCAUUGGAGCAAGACCUGAACGUCACCGAAGAUGAUCUCGUCGAAGCCAGGGAGCUCGCAGCUCAAAUGAGCACCGAGGAAGUCCGCAAGCUGAUGGCCAACGUGCUCCGAAUCCACGAGCGCGACCCCAAUUUUCCACACAUCAUCCUCGAGCGCAUCCAAGCCUUCCUCGAGAAUGACGAUGUCUUCUCCAACCCAGAGAAGCAUGAGACCCUCAUCACGGAAAUGAAGCUCGAGGCUGCUCUCAUCACCAACAAUAGUCCGUAUGCCGAGGUCCGCGCAGUAGUUGACAACAAGGAUGAUCCAACCACCCCGUGUUCGACGGUUCGGGCAUGGACCAUUGGUGUCCUGUUCUCUGUGUUCCUCGCCUUCAUCAACCAGCUCUUUAGUAUUCGUCUGCCCACGAUUCUGAUCAGUGCGAAUGUCGCGCAGCUGCUGGCUUUCCCGUUGGGCAAGGCAUGGGAGAGGUGGAUGCCGACCUGGGAAUUCAGGAUCAUGGGCCAGACGCACAAUAUCAACCCGGGAAGAUUCAAUAAGAAGGAGCAUAUGCUCAUUGCCAUCAUGGCCAACACUGCGCAGAGUCUACCAUAUACUCAAUACAUCGUGUGGACGCAAGUCUUGCCGCAGUAUUUCGAUCAGCAGUACGCGCGCAGCUUUGCUUAUCAAUUCCUUAUUGCCUUGUCGACCAACUUCAUCGGUUACGGUCUCGCGGGACUCACACGCCGGUUCAUCGUCUACCCAUCGUAUUGUGUCUGGCCGCACUCGCUAGUGACCAUCGCUCUCAACUCAGCGCUCCAUAACGACAACAACGUGACUGUGCCCGGCCCUUUCAAGAAGUUUUACAGCAUGAGUCGAUACAAAUUCUUCUUGUGGGCGUUUGGAGCAAUGUUUACGUACUUUUGGUUUCCUAACUAUCUCUUCGAGGCGCUCACCUUCUUCAGUUGGAUGACCUGGAUUGCUCCUGAUAAUCACGAUCUCGAGAUUCUGACUGGGUUCAGAAAUGGCCUUGGGCUCUUCAACCCGUUUCCCACAUUGGACUGGAAUGUCCUUCUCUUUGACAACGUCGAUCCACUGAUGGUGCCAGCUUUCUCCACCUUGAAUAAAUGUCUCGGUAUGUUUUUAUGGGGCAUCGUUAUUUUGGGGAUAUAUUACCAAAAUGUGUGGAAUACUGGCUACCUGCCCAUCAAUUCCAAUCGCGUAUUUGAUCACUUCGGCGAGUUGUACAACGUCAGUCGAGCGCUGGAUGAGCGAGGGCUGUAUGACCAUGACAAGUAUAUGGACUACUCGGCUGCUUAUCUUGGCGCGGCAAACACCAUGGUAUACUGUGCCUUCUUUGGUAUUUAUACGAGCGCAAUCACCCAUGUCAUCUUGUUCCACCGGUACGAGAUCGUAAUGGGCUUCAAGGGUUUCCGGGCUAGUAUGUGGAGGAAGAAGACUCAGGAAGCCGUUGAGGGUGGAGAGUACAAAGAUGUCCACAACCGCCUCAUGUCUGUUUACCCCGAAGUCUCCGAGUGGUGGUACCUUGGCACGCUCCUUGUUGCCUCCGCAUUCGGAUUCGCUGGUGUUGCUGGAUGGCCGACAUUCACGACCCCGGGAGUAGUUCCAUAUGGUGUUGCGCUGGCUCUCGUCUUCGUGUACGUGUUCCUCUCCCAUCCCGACCCUGUUGUUGGAAUUAUCAAGUCGAUGACUGGUAUCGAAGUGACUCUCAAUGUGCUGGCUGAGUUCAUCGGUGGUAUCUGGGUGCAGGGAAAUGCGUUGGCGAUGAAUUACUUCAAAUCUUUCGGCUACGUUACCUGCGCUCACGCUAUUUCCUUCGCCAAUGACUUGAAAAUUGCUCACUAUGUCAAGAUCCCGCCCAGACAUACCUUCUCCGCUCAAAUGAUAGCCACUCUUAUAUCGACUCUCGUCUGCACAGGCGUCAUGAACUUCCAGAUCAACAUCCCAGAUGUCUGCUCGCCUACAAACCCACCCAUGCGGUUCUUCUGCCCGGGACCAAAUACCUUCUUCACAGCCUCAGUUCUGUGGGGAACAAUCGGCCCUCUGAAGGUCUUCGGCGUGAACGGACAAUACGCCGCAACGCUGCUGGGCUUCCCCAUCGGCGUCGCAGUAACCAUCACCAUCUGGCUGAUGGUCAAGUACAUCCGCAACCCCAGAAUCUCGCGCUUCGUGAGGCAGCUGCACCCGGUGGCCAUUUUUUACGGCGGUGUCAACUUCGCCCCAUACUCGUUCUCGUACGCCUUCCCCGCCGUGCCCAUCGCGUGGCUGAGCUGGAUCUACGUGCGCAAGAGGUACCUGGCCUUCUGGUCCAAGUACAACUUCGUGCUCUCCGCGGCCUUCAGCGCCGGUAUCGCCAUCGCGGGUAUCGUCAUGCUGUUUAGUGUGCAGUGGGCUGCGAUCGAGGUCCCCUGGUGGGGCAAUAACCAGCCCUAUGAGGGAUGCGAGGCGAGUGGUGCGCCUUGCCGGCUGAAGCUGCUGGCGGAGGGAGAGAGAUUCUUUCCUUGGUGGGACGGGACGAAAACCCCAGCUCCCUAA